UGCAUCAUUGUAUAAGUAAUACAAAAUUCAACCUUGAAUUUGUUUGCUCUAAACUUUUUCUGUUGUACAUGUAAUCACAUGACCGAUGAAAAUCAAAAGGGUUUGUGAGUAGUCUCGGAAGACAUUACCAUAACAAACUUAAACGAGGAAGUGAAAAUAUGCAUUCAGAAUAACAACAGCCAUGAGCGCACAAUGACCCCGAUGUCACAUCCUAAAAGGGAAAUCCAUUACGGUUCAACAAUACUUCGCAGGCUCGCCCAGUUAAAAAAAGACGUUUUUUGCCGAUAUCAACAGACUUGUUCUCAGCCCGUGGUAUUCGUGGACCGAUCAUCGGUAUCUCAAAUAUGACUAAGCAGUCGAAUACAACUCCAACUCGUAUGAUGUCGUUGACAAGCAUUUUAGUGCUGGUUUUUGGAGUCCUCCAAAUCAGAGGAGAGGAAAUGUCUCCUUUUUCAGACUCACUUUCGGACGUUUGUGCCGUCAGACCUGGUGGCAACUUUAGCGCGACUGAGAACCAGCAAGCGUUCAACUUUACUUUCGAUCACAUUCCAAGUUCCGAAGUCGUCCUCUUCGAGUCGGUCGCCAUCAAAGAAAAUUGUUCCAUGGACGUAUACAUUCAAACGAACUUCUACCUGCCCAUUGUCACCAGUUUGGCACAAGGUGAAUGUAAUUAUCUUUCACCCGGUUUUCAAGGAAGCCAUUUGCUUGUGUUUAAACUGCUGAAGGGCGCGUCAGUGCCACCGCCUUCCAAUGCAUCAGCCUACCCAUUUUCAGUGGACGUAUGGGGGACAAAUAACGCCCUCUUUCAAGUUGAGGUUCCUUCAUUUGGCGUCAACACCCGUGUGAGCUGCACAAUAAAACUCGGAUUUAAUGCGUACGAGGCGUCAUUUGAAGUUGACGUUUUGGGAUGCCCUACAAACAAAUACGGAAGAUAUUGCAACAAAGACUGUCCUAAGUGCAGUAACGAUGGCUACUGUCAUACUUUUUAUGGCACUUGUGUCUGUCCUAAGGGAUGGAGUGGGCAAUCUUGCGAAACUUUGGCACCAGUCUUGACAGUUAACUCUACAGCAAAUGAUGUAAUUAAACUGAACGAGAGCGUUAUAUUUGAGUACAACAUACUCCCCCUAUCUCUGGAGAACAAUCUGACAAUCAAAUGGUUGAUAGACGGAGAAAAUAUUUCUGAAGUUGGAAAUAUUAUUUAUAGGAUGAAUAACAGGUCCAUCGUUUUUUCAAAAGGAAUAAACAAAACAGGGGAACAUUAUGUUACGUGCAUCGCAACAACUAAAACAGGGCAUAUAGUGUCUGCACGUUAUUCAUUUUAUGUCGAAGAUUAUAACAGUACCACGGCUACAAUAGUGACAGCUACAGCAAUGACAACAGUAGUUGGUAAAAUUCAACAAAAUAACGACGUACUGAUAGCCGUUGUGGUCAUCUUAUUGGUCGCACUAGUUACUGUCAUCAUCAUCGCUGCUAUUGUCAUAACUCACAAGAUGCGAGGCUCGGCAACAAGAAUAUUCAGGCCAUCAGAUAUGUAUGCUGAAUACCACACAUAUUUACAGAAUAUUUUCUCUGGUAAUGAAGAUGCGUCUGCCUUGGAUGAUCAAGAGUACCUUCUGCAGAAAUGGCGAGUACCAAACAACGAACUAUUUAUGGGUGAAGCACUCGGCGAAGGGGAAUUCUCCCAAGUAUUCAAUGCUCACAUACAGUGGAAACAAACACAAAUGCUGCAUGUGGCUGUAAAAAUGUUGAAAGAUCCUAAGAACCUGCAGUCACAGAAGGAUUUGAUGGCGGAGUUCCAAACCCUCUCCGAACUCUGUCCCCACCCAAAUGUGGUGCAGCUCAUAGGCAUGUGCAACAGGAGGUUUGGAAAUGAUGACUACUGGUGUCUGGUUAUGGAAAACAUGGCUGGCGGAAACCUGAAAACAUUGCUGCAGGACAUUAAAGAUGGCGUGGAGUUGUCUGUAAAACCUAAGAACGUGUCUCGUAUUGUGGUGGACAUUUUGGCAGCUAUGAAACAUUUAGAAGAGAAGAAGGUGGUGCAUAGAGAUUUAGCCGCACGGAAUGUUUUAUUGACUUCUGACCUGAGAGCAAAAAUUGGAGACUUCGGACUGUCCCGAGACACCUACCUGUGUGGCAACUACAGAAUGGCUGACAGCCACGGAAAGAGGUUGCCUUGGUAUUGGAUGGCCAUUGAAUCCAUGGAGAAAGGAGAGUUUACAUCAAAGACAGACGUUUGGGCCUUUGGUGUCCUGCUGUGGGAGAUUGGCGCGCUAGGAUCUCUGCCAUAUCCAGGAGUUGAUCCGGUGGACCUACUUGGUCUGUUAAAUAAGGGAUACCGGAUGCAAAAACCAAUUUCCUCUUCAAACGAAUGGUUCGCAAUCAUGUUGGAAUGCUGGGAAAAAAAUCCGGACGGAAGACCAACAUUUAGCAGCCUUUAUCAUCAUUUCAAAGAAAUGCACACAUCCAAAAGAGGAUUUCCGCAUCUCACUGCGAGUUCCCCGCAACAGGUUGAAGAUUCGUACCUUACCCUUUUGCCAGCUUCACCAGGCUCCAACAUAGGGGAAUCACACGAAGUUUGAUGUAAUGCGACUGCUAUAAUAAAAUAGCAUCCUGAAAAAUGCAAAAUAAUGCAAAAGGACUGUAAAUAAUGAAUUUUUCUUAUGUAAAAAGUAAACGUUUUUAUGGCAAUGAUUGAAUCAAUGAUAAAAAGAUGUAAAAUGAUGUAUAACAAUACAUACUUCAAUGUUCAAAUACCCAUGAGAAAAUGUAUCCAACAGUUAUCAAUAUUUUGGAUGAUAUGUACAUAAAUAGGUAGGCACAAUACAAAAAAUACCCGGUGACGUCACUUGUAUGCAUGUGGUUUUCUUAUAAGAUAAAACUGAAUUAUCAGUAACCUUGUUUAGUUUGUAAAGUGCCAUAUUCGUUUUGCUUAUAUUACGUUCCACUAACACUGCCACUGUGGUCCCUUUAUUUGCUUGUGGACGGAGGGGGUAGAGAUGGGGCGGAAAGAAAGGUUAUAAAGAUAACAUACAUUUGUUCACUAUUGUUGAGAUUUGUUUAUUGAGAAAUAAUUAGGAUCAAUGAAGUAAGUCAAUCUGAAGUCAUUUUGCAUUGAGCACAUAUGAGAGUGUGACCUGUUGAACGCACUUAACACAAUCCCCGUCGUAGGGCCUACACUUUGUCAUCAGACUGUUUACAAUAUGCAUUCAAUCCGGUUUCAUAUUGCUAACCAUUUAGUAUAAUUAUUGACAUAGUAUGAUUAUAAUUUAACAUAAUUAUUAUUUAAUAAAUUAUGUUGAAGAUCCAGUUAGGUGGCGAUACAAGACAUUUUGGACAAAAAUGGGCUGUUUCUAUUAGAGAAAAGUACAUCUUUAGAGAAAACUA